AAGAAAAAUGGAUACCAUAGUACCGGGCAGAAAAAUGGCAUGGGAAACAAUGUUCCUCAUUAUCGUCCAAGGGGUGAAGACUCAUUUGAGCAAGCCCCUUUGUACGUGGCCGUCUUAACCUACAUGGGGUUUGGUAUCGUCACCUUGUUUGGCUACUUUAGGGACUUCCUUAGGGCUGUGGGCCUGGAGAAAUGCCACCUUGCCCAGGAGAGAGAAGAACAGAAGGAUUUUGUACCACUUUACCAAGAUUUUGAGAACUUCUAUACGCGGAACCUGUACAUGAGAGUACGAGAUAACUGGAACCGACCCAUUUGCAGCUUACCGGGCCCAGUUUUUGAUCUGAUGGAAAGGGUCUCGGAUGACUACAACUGGACUUUUAAGUUUACAGGGAAAACUAUAGAAAAUGUUAUCAACAUGGGCUCCUACAACUAUCUGGGUUUUGCAGAAAACAAUACAGACUUCCUUAAAACAGUUGCAGACAAGACCAGAGAGUAUGGGGUUGGUGUGUGCAGUACGAGACAGGAACUGGGUAACUUGGACAUCCAUGAAGAGCUGGAGAGCCUAGCUGCCAAAUUCUUGGGUGUGGAGUCUGCUAUGACUUUUGGAAUGGGCUUUGCCACCAACUCCAUGAAUGUACCUGCACUGGUGGGCAAGGGUUGCCUGAUCUUGAGUGAUGAGCUCAACCACACGUCCCUCAUCUUAGGAGCCAGGUUGUCUGGGGCGACCAUUCGUGUCUUCAAACAUAACAACAUGCAGAGUCUGGAGAAGCUGUUGAGAGAGGCUGUGUGCUCUGGUCAGCCUCGCACACACCGGCCAUGGAGGAAGAUACUGAUAAUGGUGGAGGGCAUAUACAGUAUGGAGGGCUCGCUGGUACGUCUACCUGAGAUUGUGGCUCUGAAGAAGAAAUAUAAGGCUUAUCUGUAUCUGGAUGAAGCUCACAGUAUAGGUGCAGUGGGACCAACAGGCCGUGGGGUCACAGAGCACUUUGGGGUGGAUCCAGCUGAUGUGGAUGUGCUCAUGGGUACUUUUACCAAGAGCUUUGGGGCUGCGGGCGGGUACAUCGCUGGCAGUAAGGAGCUGGUCGAUUACCUUCGUAGCCACUCCCACAGUGCUGUCUACGCCUCUGCCAUGUCUCCUCCUGUGGCAGAGCAGAUAAUCAGAGCCAUGAAGUGCAUCAUGGGAGUUGACGGGACAUCAGAGGGUCAGCGAAGAGUUAAGCAGCUUGCUGAGAACACCAGAUACUUCCGAGCUCGACUGCAGGAAAUGGGCUUCAUCAUUUAUGGAAACCAAGACUCACCUGUAGUCCCUCUUCUGCUCUACCUCCCAGGAAAAGUUGGGGCUUUUUCCCGGGCCAUGCUGAAGAGGAAUAUUGGGGUGGUUGUAGUUGGUUUCCCAGCAACACCCAUCACAGAAGCACGGGCUCGCUUCUGUGUAUCUGCAGCACACACUAGAGCCAUGUUAGACAAGGUUUUGCUUAAUCUGGACGAACUUGGUGAUCUCCUUUUAGUCAAGUUUUCACGUCACAAGUCUUCACCACGGCCAGAGCUGUUCGAUGAGGUAGACUUUGAGCUGGAUACCUGAUGAACUGAUCUGUAAACGCAACACAGUGAAAGCAUCUACACCCACCUGCAUGGGUUCCUCAUUCAGGGAGCAGGUGCUUCUCUUGAACUGUAGUGAGGUCACAGGACCUAAAUGUAGGGGCUCCAGAUUGAGGUCUUGCACUUUGUCACAUAUAAAUUGGUUUGAAUUUUUUCAUGAUGCUGUUGCAGGCGAUACACUCCGUGUGUAAUGUGUGCACUUUAA